AUGGAGUCCAAUAAAUUUAACACGGACGCUGGUGAUAUAUGUAGUGGAAACGGCAACUGUUCGCCACCUCGCAAAAAGCCAGUAUUGGACUUAAAUCACACUCGAAAUAUUGAUGACAUAUCUACGCCUUCAGAUUUAAAAUUUGAUGAAGAGUUCGAUUUCGAAGACCCAGCAAACGUAGAAAAAAGCAAGAAAAUCGAAAAACUUCUUGAAGAUUAUGAGUCGGUGAGUGUGGAAGAAUGGCAGCACUUGGCCAAGAGCAAAGGGGGACUCCUAUCAGAUAAAUACCGAAGAAGAAUCUGGCCACUGCUUGUGGGAGUGACUCGUGCAGAGUUAACCGAACCACCUUCUCUUGAGGAACUCUCUACACAUCCAGAAUACAAUCAGGUGGUACUUGACGUGAACCGGUCACUGAAGCGGUUCCCGCCAGGCAUCCCGUAUGCACGGCGUGUAGCACUACAGGACCAGCUCACCGUGCUCAUUCUGCGAGUCAUCAUGCGCUACCCACACCUUAAAUAUUACCAGGGCUACCACGAUGUGGCCAUCACAUUGCUGCUGGUGUGCGGUGCACGCGCAGCGUUCCCACUGCUGUGCCGGCUGUCGACGGGAGAGGCGCGUGACGGUGAGACAGAAGAGGCGCCGCUGGAGCCCUUCAUGCAGCCUACCAUGCGCGCCACGCAACACAGGCUUAAUUAUCUGCUGCCGGCGCUGCGGCGAGCCAGCCCAGAACUGGCUGACACACUGCAACAAGCGGCUGUGGGCACCAUGUUCGCGCUGCCGUGGUACCUCACCUGGUUCGGUCACUCGCUGCCACGCUACGCGGACGUGGUGCGCCUCUACGACUAUUUUCUAUGCUCGCCUCCGCUCUUUCCCGUCUACGUCACUGUCGCCAUUGUGUUGCACAGGGCUGACGAAGUGCUUGAGUGCGAAUGCGACAUGGCGAUGCUGCACUGCCUCUUGUCUCGGCUGCCGAACUCGCUGCCCUUCGAAGAGCUGCUGACGACGGCGCAGCGACUGUACGAGGCGCAUCCACCGUCGACACUGGAGCGGGACGUGCAACGCCUUGAGCGAGAAGAAGAAGAGCAGCGACUGCGCGACGAGCAACGCAUGCGCAGACGCGCGGCAGCCCGCGCUGGCGCCGGCGACACGCUGGUGACGCGUCUGCGCCGCGGCCUGGCCGUGUGCGGCGCACGACUGCCGCGGCGCUACCUGCUAGCAACCGCUGCCGUACUUCUCGGCGUCUACGCCUACUACCGGCCUGACUUCUUCGUGAGGUAGCGCCACGCCUACCGCUUCGUCAUAUUCAGCCUGUAACGAAGCGAACUACCCUGGAUGUGAUUUUGUGACUGUGCUGUGCUGUGUGCAUAUGUAAAUAUGAUUGUGUAUAGUGUUUAUCAAAUGAGUUGUAAUAUAAUAUGUUCAAUUCACAUUAUGCAACCAUGUAUUGUUUUUGUUUGUAUAUUAUGUUAUAUUUGCAUUAUAGAAUGUGAUAAUUUUCUUGAUAAUGUUAACCCGUUGAGUGGUUUGUGUUAUCCUCGAGGGGCACUCUCGAAAGCUUUAUUCUCGUUUGUGUUAGAAAGAGUUCAACAUGAAAUCCCCAAUAAAAUAAAUCUGGAUUCAGUUACCUAUAUUGGUAAAGUACUUAUAAUUCUCAGUCGAUAGAUUUCUGUAAUGUCAAUUGUUUAUGGUGCACCGCACACUUAAGAUCUGACUCAUAGCCCGUGUGAGGAUAAUAUUCAAGCAUUUAUUAUUAUUUAUAAUUACAUUGGUUAGCAUUCUUGAUGUAGAGAGACUUGGUAGUAUUGUAAGAAAAAUCUGUUAUUGUUGUGCACUCCC